AUGUUCACGCCCACGCUGCGCCGUUGCGCGGCUCCUGGGUUCUGGAAGAAGACUGCGGACCGUAUCGCGCAACAAACCCAGUUUGCGAUAAACCUCGAAGGCCUGUCGCUGCCAAUCAAGCCUCUACCAAUCCUCGACUUCGCAGAUCCGGAAACUUCGACGUGGAUGAAGACCAUGACAGACAAGCAAGUAGGCGGCAUCUCGACAGCGAAUGUGAAGCAUGUGCCGGCGGAUGUGUCUAGCAAUCCGAACACACCAGCACAUAUGCUGUUCGAGGGUAACAUAUCCACGAAGCUGCCCGCUGAUCGGCCUGAUGUUCUGAAGACAGGCUUUGCAGCGUGGCGGAACCAGGACUUGGGAAAUACGCUCUUCGGUGAGCUGUUCUGGAAUGUGGACUCAUACAUACAUCCACCAACAUCGACUCUACACAAGAGAGCACCAGGCUCGAACGGGCCUGGAGAUCCUGGACGCUGGGAGACUGUGCUUAUCAAAUGGCAUGAGUUCGUGCGGACGAACCUGGGCGUUAUCACAGAGCCACAGUCCGAGAUGUUGCGCCAGAAAAUUAAGAGUGUGGGAAUCGGAAUGACAGAUCGGUCACCUGGUCCAUAUAAGCUCGCCAUUGCUGGUAUCUGGGCCACGAACCUCAAUGAGCGAGGGCAAGUAGAUGGACGCACAGGGUGGCAGCACUGUGACACCGGCAGCGCACGUCUACACGAGGUGACCGAGGAGAGGCUGACUCAGAAACUAGAAGAACGGGCCAAACUUCCAAAGGAGCGCCUGACUUUCCGGGACCGCAUCCCACCAGCCUUCGGCAAUGCAGGCACGAGGGUGUCACGCGCGAAGCGUGCAGACGACAAAGACACAGAAUGA